AUGCCAAGAACUAGGAAAAGAAAGUCGGAAAGAGCGAAAUGGUCUACAGACCAAUUACAAAAAGCAAUCGCGGCAGUUAAUUCUGGACAAUCAGUAAAAAAAGUAUCAGAAAUUAUGGAAAUUCCGCGAACAACAUUAAGAAAUUACCUAAAAUUGGAAAUAAACGACAAAGAAAAUUUAGGAAGAAAGCCAAUUUUCACCCAAGAAAUGGAACGUGAAAUAGCAGAAUAUGUUUUGUCAAUGGCAAAACGGUUUUACGGUAUUACAGCUGUGGAAUUGCGUCGACUUGCGUUCCAAUAUGCCGAGAAAAAUGAAAUCCAGCACCGAUUUAAUACAGAAACGAAAAUAGCAGGCUUCGAUUGGCUUCAAGGUUUCUUAAAAAGAAAUCCUAAGAUUACUUUACGAAAACCCGAGGCGACUAGUUUGAGCAGGAUUGAGGGAUUUAAUAAAGAUGAUGUAAAAUUAUUUUUUCAAAAUCUUGAGGCGGUCAUGACAAAAUUUAAAUUUGGAGCGUCACGGAUAUAUAAUUGUGACGAGACAGGGAUAACAACGGUUCAAAAACCUGGAAUGAUACUUGGACCUAAGGGCCAAAAACAAGUUGGUGUCGCAGUAAGUUUGGAAAGAGGAAAGAACGUCACUGUGCACUGCGCGUUUAGUGCCUCUGGCAACUAUAUCCCACCGUUGUUUAUAUACCCACGGAAAAGAAUUAGUCCACAGUUAAGUUCUGGAGGACCAGACGGUGCCAUCUAUAAAUGUUCAGAUAAUGGGUGGAUCAAUGAAGAUAUUUUUUAUUCAUGGUUGGAUCAUUUCAAAAAGCACACCAAACCGACUGAAGAUGAUCAAGUUCUUUUAGUCAUGGACAACCAUUGCAGCCAUAAAUCGUUAAGAAUUUAUGACUUCUGCAAACAGAAUUUCAUAACUGUCGUCACAAUUCUCCCUCAUACUUCCCACCGCCUCCAGCCGCUAGACGUUGCUUUUUACAGUCCCCUAAAAUCUGCAUUCAAUAGAGAAUGCGAUCUGUUUAUGAAAGCAAACCAACAGGCAAAAAUUACGCCUUACGAUCUGGCGUCGCUUUUUAAUAAAGCGUACCAGCGCAUCGCCACAAUAGAAAAAGCUGCUUCCGGUUUUAGAGCGACAGAGAUCUUCCCGCUGGAUCCAGAAAGAUUCACUGACGAGGAUUUUGCGCCAGCUGUACACAAUACCAUUGAAAUUCCCAAUGUUAUUGAAAACGAAAAUGAUGUUUCAUUUGACUCUCAGAAUGGGGAUCAAAAUGCCAAUCAAUUCGAGCGGAAUAUUCUAGAUGAACCUUCGACGUCGACUGGUAUUACGUCACAGAAUAAAGAGAAGACAAGGAUUGAGAUGGCAACAAGACAACUACUAUUUCCGGGCGAUUUUUCCACAACGUCUAAAUCAGCAAUGAAUUCUGCGAGUGAUUCAAAUGCUAGCCCAACUUGUAGCAAAGAGAGCAAAAUUAAACAUCAUUUUGGUGAUAUUAUACCACAAUCUCAACCUACGAUUAGCAAACCAACCAAUAGAAGAAAACAGCACUCUCAAAUAAUGACCAGCACCCCAAUGAAAGCGGUAUUUGAAGAACAGGAGAAGAAGAGGACACAAAAUGCCCAGAAAGGGGGAAAAAUGGAAAUGGUAAAAAAAUUAAAGCAGUACAAAUAG